AUGGGAGACUCCCUUGAUGGGAGUGAAAACACUCCUGAAGCUCAAAACAUCGUAGUAGUUGAUUUUCAAGAUUUUGCAAAUUACUUGCGUCGUGCUGCAACGGUACUUUUGCCGGAGGAUGACAUCGUUCCACCAACACUUACUGCGGCACUUGAUGAUAAAGUAAAUCAAGAUUGCAUUAAAAAGUUCAUUUCUGAUCCACAAGUAUCAUCACUAUACAUCCAGCGAUUUUCGUUAAAAGAAGACGACAGCGAGCAGCCUACUGAAGGUGAAGAAGAGAAAGAAGCAGUUUCCUAUCAAAUUAGCAAUGAGGUGCACUUCACAUCGCCCAGAGUAGCUGCCUUUGUCUGCAUCAAGCGAGGCAUAGUGAUUGAAGCUGACAAAUCAAUCCACAGUCAGUUGCGCCUUAUUAACUUGUCCGAUGGCUCACCUUAUGAGACUCUCCAUGCUUUCAUUAGCAAGACCAUGGCUCCAUUCUUCAAGAGUUAUGUUAAGGAGAGUGGUAGAGCUGAUAGAGAUGGAGAUAAAAUGGCACCAUCAGUUGAGAAGAAAAUUGCAGAGCUUGAAAUGGGUUUAUUGCAUCUACAACAAAAUAUUGAUAUUCCUGAAAUAACAUUACCUGUACAUCAAUUAGUUGCUGCUGUUAUUAAAAGAGCUGCUGAUGAAGGUCGAAAACCUCGUGUAGCAGAUUUUGGUGAUAAAGUAGAAGAUUCAACAUUCCUUAACCAACUUCAAAAUGGCGUAAAUCGUUGGAUCAAAGAAAUUCAAAAGGUUACCAAAUUAGACCGUGAUCCGUCAAACGGUACAGCACUGCAAGAAAUAUCCUUCUGGUUGAAUCUCGAAAGGGCUCUCCAUCGUAUUCAAGAGAAAAGAGAGAGCAUUGAGGUUGCCUUAACUCUGGAUAUUCUAAAAUAUGGCAAAAGAUUCCAUGCAACUGUGUCAUUUGAUACUGAUACAGGUCUUAAACAAGCACUUGCCACUGUCUCCGACUACAACCCUCUUAUGAAGGACUUCCCUAUAAAUGACCUGCUUAGUGCCACUGAGCUGGAAAGGAUUAGGUUGGCGGUGCAGCAAAUAUUCUCACAUCUCCGUAAAAUCCGAUCAACCAAAUAUCCAAUCCAGCGUGGUCUGCGUCUAGUGGAAGCUAUUUCUCGUGACUUGGGUCAACAACUGCUGAAGGUACUGGGCACUCGCCGUCUCAUGCACAUUCCUUUCGAGGAUUUCGAACGUGUAAUGACGCAGUGCUUCGAAGUAUUUUCAUGCUGGGAUGAUGAAUAUGAAAAACUUCAAGGUCUAUUGAGAGACAUAGUGAAGAAGAAGCGCGACGAGCACCUCAAGAUGGUGUGGCGCGUGUCGCCGUCGCACAAGCGGCUGCAGGCGCGCAUGGAGCACAUGCGGCGCUUCCGGCGCCACCACGAGCAGCUGCGCACCGUCAUGUUGCGGGUGCUCCGCCCCCGCGCCGCGGCCGCCGCGGAGCCGGGCGCGGCGAGCGAGCCCGCGCAGCCGCACUCGCUCACCAUGGACGCCGCUGACGCUAACGCUAUCGCUGAGGUGAACUUGGCGUAUGAGAAUGUGAAAGAAGUGGACUGCUUAGAUAUCUCGCGUGAAGGGUGCGAUGCGUGGGAAGCCGCCGUGCGACGCUAUGAAGACAGGAUUGACCGCGUGGAGACGCGCAUCACGGCGCACCUGCGCGACCAGCUCGGCACCGCCAAGAACGCCAACGAGAUGUUCCGCAUCUUCUCGCGCUUCAACGCGCUGUUCGUGCGCCCGCACAUCCGCGGCGCCAUCCGCGAGUACCAGACGCAGCUCAUACAGCGCGUCAAGGACGACAUCGAGGCGCUGCACGAGAAGUUUAAGGUGCAGUAUCCCCAGUCAAAAUGCAGCCGUUUGUCUCUUGUCCGCGACUUGCCGCCAGUCGCUGGGUCUAUCAUCUGGGCUAAGCAAAUAGAUCACCAACUUACAGCUUAUCUCAAACGUGUUGAGGAUGUUCUAGGCAAAGGAUGGGAAAAUCAUAUUGAAGGGCAAAAACUCAAAGCUGAUGGUGACAGUUUUCGUCUGAAACUCGAUACUCAAGAAGUCUUCGACGAUUGGGCUCGCAAGGUGCAACAACGAAACUUAGGUGUGUCGGGUCGUAUCUUUGCUAUAGAAUCAGUGCGCGCUCGUUCCAGCAAGACAGGCACUGUCCUGAAACUAAAAGUCAACUUCUUACCUGAAAUUAUUACGCUAUAUAAAGAAGUUCGUAACCUCAAGAACUUGGGUUUCAGAGUGCCACUGGCUAUAGUGAACAAAGCCCACCAAGCAAAUCAGCUGUAUCCGUUCGCAAUUUCACUCAUCGAAAGUGUACGCACUUACGAACGUACGCUAGAAAAGCUAAAUAAUAGGAACCAUACAAAGAUCCGUGAUAAGGCGUCUAUAAUACCACUAGUGGCGGGACUGCGUCGGGACGUUUUGUUCCAAGUGUCGGAAGGCAUGGCCCUAGUGUGGGAGUCGUACAAACUGGACCCAUAUGUGCAGAAGCUGAGUGAAGUCGUUCUUCUGUUCCAAGAGAAGGUUGAAGAUUUAUUAGCUGUAGAGGAACAGAUCUCUGUAGAUGCUCGCUCGCUGGAAACAUGCCCAUACUCAGCACCAUCUUUGGCAGACAUUCUUAGCAGGCUUCAACGCGCUAUCGACGACCUGUCCCUGCGACAGUAUAGCAACUUGCAUCUGUGGGUCCAGCGGUUGGAUGAGGAGGUUGAGAAGAGCCUUGCAGCUCGCUUACAAGCUGGUAUUGAAGCAUGGACUAUGGCAUUACUGGGGAAGACCAAUGAGCUGGAUCUCUCUAUGGACACAUACUCACCUGCCGAACCAACUCACAAACCUGGUGGAGAACCUCAGAUCGCGCGCGUGGUGCACGAGGUGCGCAUCACCAACCAGCAGAUGUACCUGUUCCCGUCGCUGGAGGAGGCGCGCUUCCAGCUCAUGCGCCAGAUGUUCGCGUGGCAGGCCGUCGUCACCAGCCAGCACCGUCUGCAGAGCACCAGAUAUCAAGUGGGCGUAGCGCGUGCUCAAACAGCCACAUACAGAAACCUACUAACAAAGUUGCCUGGCGGCUCGUCGCCACUCGAAAAUGCCUACGAUGCUAUCGAACAGAAGAUAUCGCAAGUGCGUGAAUACGUUGAUGAAUGGCUACGCUACCAAGCCCUGUGGGACCUUCAACCUGAAAGUCUGUAUGGACGCCUCGGAGAGGACAUCACUCUGUGGAUCAAGUGCUUGAAUGACAUCAAAAAAUCCCGCACAACGUUCGACACGUCGGACACCCGGCGCGAGUACGGGCCAGUGGUGAUCGACUUCGCGCGCGUGCAGAGCAAGGUGGCGCUGAAGUACGACGCGUGGCACAAGGAGGUGCUCGGCAAGUUCGGCGCGCUGCUCGGCGGCGAGAUGGUGCAGUUCCACGGCAGGCUGGCCAAGUCCCGGGGGCAGCUGGAGCAGCAGACUAUUGAGGCAGCCUCCACCAGCGAUGCAGUAUCACUAAUUACUUACGUGCAACAACUAAAACGAGAAGUUUUAGCCUGGGAGAAACAAGUCGACAUCUAUAGGGAGGCGCAACGCAUACUUGAACGACAAAGAUUCCAGUUCCCAGCACAAUGGCUGCACGUGGACAACAUUGAAGGUGAAUGGAGCGCCUUUAACGAAAUAAUGCGCAGGAAGGAUUCUUCUAUUCAGACUCAAGUAGCGUCUCUCCAACAAAAGAUAGUAGCAGAAGACAAAGCAGUGGAAGCUCGUACACUGGAGUUCCUCGCCGAGUGGGAACGUAGCAAGCCCACCGACGGCUCGACGCGCCCCGAGGACGCGCUGUCGCGGCUGCAGGCCAUGGAGACGCGCUACACCCGCCUCAAGGACGAGAGGGAUAACGUCGCUAAGGCUAAGGAAGCUUUGGAGUUGCAUGAUACUGGCAGCUCCGUUAACAACGAGCGUAUGACGGUUGCACUGGAAGAGUUACAAGAUUUGCGCGGAGUUUGGUCCUCGCUCAGUAAGAUCUGGACACAAAUUGAUGACAUUAGAGAAAAACCCUGGCUCUCUGUGCAGCCCAGGAAAUUGAGACAACAACUAGAGGCAAUGCUGAAUGAAUUAAAAGAGCUCCCAGCUCGCUUGCGUAUGUACGACAGCUACGAAUACGUCCGCAAAUUGCUACAAUCAUAUACUAAGGUGAACAUGCUGAUCGUAGAACUGAAAUCGGACGCUCUGAAAGAGCGUCACUGGCGCCAGCUGUGCCGCGCGCUGAAGGUGGACUGGGCGCUGUCGGAGCUGACGCUGGGGCAGGUGUGGGACGCCGACCUGCUGCACAACGAGCACACCGUCAAGGACGUGGUGUCCGUGGCGCAGGGCGAGAUGGCGCUCGAGGAGUUCUUGAAACAGGUUCGCGAAUCUUGGCAAAGCUAUGAACUGGAUUUGAUCAAUUACCAAAACAAAUGCAAGAUUAUUCGUGGCUGGGAUGACCUGUUUAAUAAAGUUAAAGAGCACAUCAACAGUGUUGCCGCUAUGAAGCUGUCACCAUAUUAUAAGGUAUUUGAAGAAGAAGCGCUAACUUGGGAAGAGAAAUUGAAUCGUAUCAACGCCCUAUUCGAUGUAUGGAUCGACGUGCAACGUCGCUGGGUGUACCUCGAGGGCAUCUUCAGCGGGUCGGCCGAUAUCAAGACCUUGUUGCCGGUGGAAACUAGCAGAUUCCAAAGUAUAAGUUCAGAGUUCCUAGGUCUGAUGAAGAAAGUGGGCAAGUCUCCAAUGGUGAUGGACGUGCUCAACAUCCCCGGCGUGCAGCGCUCGCUGGAGCGCUUGGCGGACUUGCUCGGCAAGAUACAGAAGGCUCUUGGAGAAUAUCUGGAGAGGGAACGAAGCAGCUUCCCGCGCUUCUACUUCGUGGGAGAUGAAGAUUUGCUUGAAAUUAUUGGUAACAGCAAGAACAUCGCUCGUCUACAAAAACACUUCAAGAAAAUGUUCGCAGGCGUCGCAGCUAUUAUACUCAAUGAAGACAACACAGUUAUUAAUGGCAUAGCUUCGCGGGAGGGUGAAGAGGUAUAUUUCACUUCACCGGUAUCGACUGUAGAGAAUCCAAAGAUCAAUUCAUGGCUUUCAAUGGUGGAGCGUGAAAUGCGUGUGACUUUGGCCUGUCGCCUUAAGGACGCUGUUGGAGACGUGAAACAGUUCAAAGAUGGAAAUGUCGACGCUCAGAAGUUCAUCGAUUGGUGUGACAAAUAUCAAGCCCAAAUCGUAGUCCUAGCAGUUCAGAUCCUAUGGUCAGAAGACGUAGAGGCGGCGCUGGCGGGCGGCGGCGAGCUCAAGCGCGUGCUGCAACACGUAGAGAACAUGCUGAACAUACUCGCCGACUCCGUGCUGCAGGAACAGCCGCCGCUGCGGAGGAGGAAAUUGGAGCAUCUUAUCAACGAAUUCGUCCACAAACGUACUGUGACGCGGCGUUUGAUCGCAUCUGAAGUGAAUAGUCCCCGAUCUUUCGAAUGGCUUUGCGAAAUGCGGUUCUACUUCGACCCUAGGAAUAACGAUGUUCUGCAGCAACUGACAAUACACAUGGCAAAUGCUAAAUUUCUCUAUGGAUUUGAGUAUCUGGGUGUGCAAGACCGUCUCGUACAAACACCUUUGACGGACCGCUGUUAUCUCACUAUGACUCAGGCUUUGGAAGCUAGACUUGGAGGAUCUCCAUUUGGGCCCGCCGGUACGGGUAAGACGGAGUCUGUGAAGGCGCUCGGAAACCAACUAGGCCGGUUCGUGUUGGUCUUCAACUGCGACGAAACCUUUGACUUCCAAGCCAUGGGACGAAUCUUUGUCGGUCUUUGCCAGGUCGGUGCGUGGGGUUGUUUCGACGAGUUCAAUCGUCUUGAAGAAAGAAUGUUGUCAGCCGUGUCGCAGCAAGUGCAGACUAUUCAAGAAGCUCUCAAGAGCCACCAGGAAGGAGAUAACACAAGCAAAUCUAUAACAGUAGAACUGGUAGGCAAACAAGUGCGUGUAAGCCAAGACAUGGCUAUAUUCAUCACCAUGAACCCUGGAUACGCCGGACGGUCCAACCUACCUGAUAACUUGAAGAAACUGUUCAGAAGUCUCGCCAUGACCACCCCUGAUAGGCAGCUAAUUGCCGAGGUGAUGCUCUUCAGUCAAGGUUUUAGAACUGCGGAAAAAUUGGCUUGCAAGAUUGUACCAUUCUUUAAACUUUGCGAUGAACAACUGUCAAAUCAAUCUCACUAUGACUUCGGUCUUCGCGCUCUGAAGUCUGUUCUGGUCUCCGCCGGCAACGUCAAGCGUGAUCGCAUACAAAAGAUUAAGGAGAAUCUAAUCGAACGCGGUACGGAGGCCCCCGACGAAGCGUCUAUCGCCGAGUCCCUCCCCGAGCAAGACAUCCUCAUACAGUCGGUGUGCGAGACCAUGGUGCCUAAGCUGGUGGCAGAGGACAUACCGCUGCUCUUCUCACUAUUGAACGACGUCUUCCCCAACGUUGGGUACACUAGGGCUGAAAUGACUGGCCUCAAGAAUGAAAUUCGCGCUGUGUGCGCUGAAGAAUUUUUGGUGUGCGGCGAAGGAGACGAACAAGGCAACACUUGGAUGGAAAAGAGGCGCAGCGCGGCGUCGCGCGCGCAGCACAGCACGUGGAUAGAGAAGGUCCUGCAACUGUACCAGAUUUGCAAGUUAAAUCAUGGAUUGAUGAUGGUCGGUCCUUCGGGAAGCGGGAAGUCUACCGCUUGGCGCGUUUUGCUCAAGGCACUAGAACGGUUUGAAGGUAUCGAGGGAGUUGCUCACGUUAUCGAUCCAAAAGCGAUGUCUAAAGAAACUCUGUAUGGUGUACUGGAUCCUAACACUCGUGAAUGGACGGAUGGGUUAUUCACACAUAUCCUAAGGAAGAUAAUCGACAACGUGCGCGGCGAGAUCAACAAGCGGCAGUGGAUCAUAUUCGACGGCGACGUGGACCCGGAGUGGGUGGAGAACCUCAACUCGGUGCUGGACGACAACAAGCUGCUGACGCUGCCCAACGGCGAGCGCCUGUCGCUGCCGCCCAACGUGCGCGUCAUGUUCGAGGUACAAGACCUGAAGUACGCCACACUAGCUACGGUAUCACGGUGCGGUAUGGUGUGGUUCUCGCAAGACGUACUGACUACUGAGAUGAUCUUCGAAAAUUACCUGCUAAGAUUAAGAAAUAUACCUUUGGAAGAUGGUGAAGAAGACUCGUUUAGUAUUGUCAUGGCAGCACCAAGUUCUGGUGGAGAUCAAAAUGUCGCCGAAACUAUUCUGUCCCCGGCAUUGCAGACGCAACGCGACGUGGCCGCGAUCCUGCAGCCGCUGUUCUACGGCGACGGCCUCGUCGUCAAGUGCCUGGAGCGCGCCGCCUCGCUCGACCACAUCAUGGACUUCACCCGCCACAGGGCGCUCUCCUCGCUGCACUCCAUGCUUAACCGUGGCGUUAGGAACAUACUCGGCUACAAUCGUCAACACCCCGACUUCCCCAUUACUAAUGAACAACUUGAGGCGUAUGUGCCGAAAUGGCUUGUCUACUCCUUGCUGUGGUCGUUCGCUGGUGAUGCUAAACUAAAAGAUCGUAAUGAGCUGGGCGAUUUCAUCCGGUCGGCCAGUACAAUGCAACUGCCCAAUUGUGGGGCCAAUCAACAUAUUAUCGAUUUUGAAGUAUCAAUAACCGGAGAAUGGGUGCCGUGGUCAGCUAAAGUGCCGCAAAUCGAAGUGGAGACGCACAAGGUGGCGGCCCCCGACGUGGUCGUGCCCACGCUGGACACGGUGCGCCACGAGGCAUUGCUGUACACUUGGCUGGCUGAGCAUAAACCUUUAGUACUCUGCGGUCCGCCCGGGUCCGGUAAAACGAUGACACUGUUCUCUGCGCUGAGAGCUUUACCCGACAUGGAGGUGGUGGGUCUCAACUUCUCGUCGGCCACCACGCCCGAGUUGUUGCUGAAGACCUUCGAUCAUUACUGCGAAUAUCGGAAGACGCCCAACGGAGUUGUAUUAGCACCUGUACAGCUCGGUAAAUGGCUUGUGUUGUUCUGCGACGAGAUCAACCUGCCGGACAUGGACCAGUACGGCACGCAGCGCGUUAUUUCCUUCUUGAGGCAGCUGCUUGAACAUAAAGGCUUUUAUCGGGCAUCAGAUCACUCGUGGGUGCACCUGGAGCGCAUCCAGUUCGUGGGCGCGUGCAACCCGCCCACGGACCCGGGCCGCAAGCCGCUGUCGCACCGCCUGCUGCGGCACGUGCCCGUCAUAUAUGUGGACUAUCCCGGGGAGAUGUCGCUUGAACAGAUCUACGGCACGUUCACGCGCGCGAUGCUGCGCAUGCAGCCGGCGCUGCGCGGGUACGCGGAGCCGCUGACGCAGGCCAUGGUGCGCCUGUACCUGGCCUCGCAGGAGCGCUUCACGCAGGACAUGCAGCCGCACUACGUGUACUCGCCGCGCGAGAUGACGCGCUGGGUGCGCGGCAUUUGCGAGGCCAUUAGGCCUCUCGAUAACCUGACUGUAGAAGGCCUGGUGCGACUCUGGGCUCAUGAAGCCUUGCGUCUGUUCCAAGAUCGUCUGGUCGAAGAUGUCGAAAGACAAUGGACAGAUGAGAAUAUUGAUAACGUCGCUUUGAGAUUCUUCCCAGGUAUCAACAGGGAACAAGCAUUGGCUCGGCCUAUUCUAUACAGUAACUGGCUAAGCAAAGACUAUGUACCAGUUCAGAGGGAUCAACUUCGUGAAUAUGUCAAAGCUAGACUAAAGGUAUUCUAUGAGGAAGAACUGGACGUGCCAUUAGUAUUGUUCGACGAAGUUCUAGAACACGUGUUGCGUAUCGACCGUAUCUUCCGCCAGCCGCAAGGGCACUUGUUGCUCAUCGGAGUGUCCGGCGCCGGUAAGACCACGCUGAGCAGGUUCGUGGCCUGGAUGAAUGGAUUGAGCAUCUUCCAAAUUAAGGUCCAUAAUAAAUACACGGGAGCGGAUUUCGACGAAGACUUACGUUCAGUACUGCGCCGCGCGGGAUGCCGCGAUGAGAAGGUCGCCUUCAUCUUGGACGAGUCCAACGUACUCGACAGCGGCUUUCUUGAACGCAUGAACACACUGCUCGCUAAUGGAGAGGUGCCCGGAUUAUUCGAGGGCGAUGAAUUCGCAGCUCUCAUGACUCAAUGUAAAGAGGGUGCACAAAGAGAAGGGUUGAUGCUGGAUUCUAAUGAUGAGUUAUAUAAAUGGUUCACCGGUCAAGUAAUGCGCAACUUGCACGUAGUGUUUACAAUGAACCCGUCGUCCGAGGGUCUGAAGGACCGCGCCGCGACGUCGCCCGCGCUCUUCAACCGUUGCGUGCUCAAUUGGUUCGGCGACUGGAGCGACGGUGCGCUAUUCCAGGUGGGCAAGGAGUUCACGACGCGCAUGGACCUGGACUGGGCGGAGUACGUGCCGCCGGCGCAGUUCCCGGCGGCGUGCGGCGAGGUGGGCGCGCGGCCCGCGCACCGCGCCGCCGUCGUCAACGCCUGCGUGUACGUGCACCAGACGCUGCACCAGGCCAACGCGCGCCUCGCCAAGCGCGCCAACCGCACCAUGGCCAUCACGCCCAGACACUACCUAGAUUUCAUCCAACAAAUGGUGAAACUGUACGCGGAGAAGCGCGCCGACCUGGAGGAGCAGCAGCUACACUUGAACGUUGGUCUCGGAAAGAUCGCAGAAACUGUAGAACAGGUUGAGGAAAUGCAAAAGAGUCUCGCAGUGAAAUCACAGGAACUUCAAGCUAAAAAUGAAGCCGCCAACGCUAAACUUAGGCAAAUGGUUAAAGACCAACAGGAAGCUGAGAAGAAGAAAGUCGAAAGUCAAGAAAUUCAGGUUGCUCUCGAGAAGCAAACAAAAGAAAUCGACGCAAAACGCAAGGACGUCAUGGCGGACUUGGCACAAGUCGAGCCCGCCGUCAUCGAGGCGCAAAACGCGGUUCGGUCCAUCAAGAAGCAGCAGUUGGUGGAGGUGCGGUCCAUGGCCAACCCGCCCUCCGUGGUCAAGAUGGCGCUCGAGUCCAUCUGCACGUUGCUCGGCGAGAAGGGCGACACGUGGAAGGGCAUCCGCUCCGUUGUCAUGAAGGACAACUUCAUAUCCACUAUUGUUAACUUCGAGACUGAGAACAUCACGUUAGUGCCGUUCCGAUUACGA